CAACUACAAUUGGUGGUACUUUUCAACGGAUAUUAUCCUUAUUUGUAGUAGGACAUUUCUACAGAAGCACUUCUAAUGUGAAUACGACAGGAAAAGAAAGAACUGUAACACUUACUUCUAAAAUAUGGAAGAAACUGCAGCCACGUGUCCAAUAUGUUAUGACAGUCUAACAUUUCCAAAAGUAUUGGAUUGCAGGCAUACAUUUUGUUAUAAGUGUUUGAAAGAUUAUGGAGAUGAAGUGUUAUCUAGAAAACAAAAACUAUCAUGUCCGUUAUGUCGAACUAAAUUUAAUAUACCAAAAAGAGGAUUUAGUCAUUUUUUAACAAAUUACUUUGUGUCAGUUUGUAAACCAGACAAAUAUUGCAAGAACUGCGAAAGGUCUGAACUUAUUUACAUAUGCUGUACUAUCUGUGGGCUAAUCUUAUGUAAAAAGUGUUUCAAAACACAUAGGCAUUUGGGCAGUUCUACUGAUGAGUCCUCGGAUGGAGAAGAAGACGUACAUCAACCCAGAACGCCAUUACAAAUUCAAUUUGCUAACAAACAACAUGAUGUUCAAACGAAUAUAGAUUGCAAACUUGAUACCCAAUUCGUUGUAGAGAUACCUGUCGAUAAUGAGGGUCACCACGUUAUUUCUUCGCUAUCCCCUUCAAAGAAUGGGGGUAUGUAUGUUUUGUCGUAUGAUGUACCAUUUAUUAUGAAAUAUGACCACAAUGGACAAAUAUUAGAUAGAAUCAGAAUACCAGACACACAAAAAUGCUAUGCGGUUAUUGAAAUGUGUGAUGAAAGUCUAUUAGUGGCAUUUCCCGACGAGAAACUGAUUUUAAAGUAUGCCUUCUGUGGUUGGUCACAUUUUGCUUCAUGCAUUGGUUUCUGUCCAAUUGAUAUGGUUGAAUUAUCAAACGGGAAAAUAUUAGCAUGCGGUCCAGAUACAUGGAACCCGAUUUACAAAAGGAACAUUUCCAGGAGAGGACACGUGCAUGUGUAUUCUUUGCAUGGAGAACUGCUUUUAAAAUUGAAUGAUAUUUCAAAAGAAUGCAAUACACUCGAAUUUCCACACAAAAUUGCGUAUAAUAAGAAAGAGGAAACAAUUGCUGUGUUAGACCUGGAAACUAAUUCUAUUACAAUUUUAAAAGUUUCAGAUGGAAACUGUAUAAUAAAUAAAGCUAAUAUUAGUAUGGUUACAAUAUCAGUAUCAUUUCUUGGAAUAGAACAUACACUAAAUUUUCGAGCUACAGGCGUUUGCAGUACCGAUACUGGACGAUUUAUUGUUUCUACUCCAGAAGGAUGUCUGCACGUUAUAGACGAACUAGGACAUUUGCGUUGUAUGGGUUUUACGAAUUGUGAAGACAGAUUCGGACGAUACAAACCAAACAUAGCGCUCGAUAUUAAUGGAUUACUUUGGUGCAGCGACUCACUAUUCGGUACUUUAAAAACUUUCAAAAUCACCAAAUAUCAGAAUUUCUUCAACAGCAGCAAUUAG